ACCUGUGAUUUCUGAAUGCUUCAAAAUUGUGGAUGGAAUCAACCACGUUAUCCUCUCAAUAUUUUCUCUCUUUCCUCUCUAACCAAAAACAAAAAGAAAAGGAAGCUAACUAAACAAAAUUCUGAUCUCACUGUACAGUAUCAACCAAACCAACAAUCCAACACCAUGAAACUCUCUGUGUUCCACCAUCAGCACCAUCCUAUGAUUCUCAAUUGCCCCCUUACCUUGACAAGGACACACAAAAGACUUUACAACAAUGGUUCAUAUAGGUGGUUACCAUGCCACUGCUCACAUUCUUCCACAAGUAAAACUGCUGCAGAACCAGUUACAGUUUCUUUAAGUAUUGAAGGAAGGAGAGCAUUACUCAGUUGUCUCCUCACAACUGUUGCUGGAGUCUAUGCAUGUGAUGUGGCUGGAGCUGUUAGCACAAGUAGAAGAGCUCUAAGAGGAGCCAAAAUUCCUGAAAGUGAUUAUACAACCUUGCCCAAUGGUUUGAAGUACUAUGAUUUGAAGGUUGGGAAUGGAGCUGAAGCUAAAAUGGGAUCCCGUGUUGCAAUUCAUUAUGUCGCCAAAUGGAAGGGUAUCACCUUUAUGACUAGUAGACAAGGAAUGGGCGUUGGAGGAGGAACGCCCUAUGGAUUUGAUGUAGGCCAAUCUGAGAGAGGAACAGUCCUUAAAGGGUUGGAUUUAGGAGUACAAGGCAUGCGAGUAGGAGGCCAGCGGCUGUUAAUUGUUCCUCCUGAACUUGCCUAUGGAAGCAAAGGAGUCCAAGAAAUCCCUCCCAAUUCAACAAUAGAGUUGGACAUUGAAUUGCUUUCUAUCAAACAAAGUCCAUUCGGGACUCCCGUAAAGAUAGUUGAAGGUUAAUGCAAUGAUUUAAUAUUCAGAGUGCUAUUUUGACAUUUUAAGAGAAGAAAAUGAUGUCCUCCCACCUAAAGGCCCUUACUUUUUCCAAUGAUGUUAAUGAACCGAAAAUUUAACCUGCUUCUAGACUGAUUCCAACCUAUUAUUAGAAAAAAAGAAUAAGUUUGAAACUUUGAUUGAAUUGAUUGUUUCAAUUCAGGACUAA